AUGUGCGGCAUCCUUGGCAUUCACAAGACACGCACCACCCCAUACAACCCAAAGUCCGAUGGACUCAUAGAACGGUUUAAUGGCACUCUGCUCAACAUGAUCUCAAUGAUGAUUGAACCCCAUAAGCGACAACGAGAUUGGGACGAGAAGUUGGCGAUCGCAGUGUUUGCCUACCGUAGUGCUCCCCAAGACUCCACAAGGGAGACACCUAAUAUGCUGAUGUUAGGGCGGGAAGUGCAUUUGCCAAUAGACCUGACCACAGAGGCUCUAGAGGACCCCGAGGAGCAUGAUAUUGAGACAGACUACGCAUACACCUUGAGGCAACGCAUGCGGGAAGCUCACGAAAGGGCCCGUAAGAACUGCACUGAAAGUGCUAGGCGGCAGAAAAAGGAUUAUGACUCCAAGGCAGGGGGUGGUCCUUUGGCAGUGGGCGACUUUGUGUGGCUCUACAACAAGGCAAAGACCAAAGGCUUGUCCCCGAAGCUCCAGAGGAGGUGGGAGGGCCCUUACUUGUUAAUUCGGCAAUUGUCAGAUGUUACUUGCCGAAUACAGGCGAAGAGAAAUGGAAAGAUGAAGGUGGUCCAUGUUGACAGGUUGAAGCCGUACAAGGGGGAACCUCUUCAAUCCUGGUUAGAAGCAAGUGAAAGCAGGGACGCUCACGGAAAUGAGCAGGAGGCUCCUUGCCAACUGACACAGCAUAUGGACAUCGAGGACUUGAACAGGGAAGAUUCCCAGCCUGUCACACCCCCUGUUCCGGCACCACGAAAAGUUCCGGUCCCACCCCCUAGAAGAAAUCCGUCAAGGAAAAGAAACGAGCCUAUCCGCUACAGUUAUUAA